AUGACCACGGACGCUUUGGGCGUGACUGUUGUCGUGCUGGAGGUGGUCGUGGGUGCCUCCACCGGCACGGAGGUUGGCAAGGAUGUGACCGGUGACCAGACAGCAGGUGCCAGCAGUACCGUCAGCGGCAUCAACAGCAUGACGUCCUUUGUAGAGAUCGUGUCCGUACGGGAGGAGAUCGGAGGCAACUUCGUCAGCAUGGAGUCGGACGCAAUGGUAGCGGGCGACUCGGGCAGCGAGGGCAGCGGCCGUGGCAGCGCCGUCAGCAGCAUGACCUCAGAUGUGGUGGUGGCGAACGUGGCCGUGCUGGAUGUGGUCUGA